AUGGCUCAGCAAGAAGAACAAAAAAAAUUGAGAGAGUAUGCUAUGCCUAAGGUGGAUGGGAUUAGCUCAAGCAUUCAGAGACCAACAGUGCAGGCAAAUAAUUUUGAGAUCAAACCAUCCAUAAUUCAGAUGAUUCAGACAUCCGUUCAAUUUGGAGGUUUUCCAAAUGAUGAUCCCAACCAACACCUCAGUAAUUUUCUAGAGAUAUGUGACACUUUCAGGUUGAAUGGGGUGUCCGAUGAUGCAGUGAGAUUAAGGCUCUUUCCUUUCUCUCUUCGAGAUAAGGCUAAAAGUUGGUUGAGUUCGUUGCCACAGGGAUCCAUUACUACUUGGACUGAUUUGGCACAGAAAUUUUUGGCAAAAUUUUUCCCACCUGCAAAGACUGCAAAGAUGAGAAAUGACAUUACCUCAUUCAUGCAACAAGAUUCAGAGACUUUGUAUGAGGCUUGGGAGAGGUACAAGGAGCUAUUACGACGAUGUCCACAUCAUGGUAUUCCUGAUUGGUUACAAGUACAGACAUUUUAUAAUGGUUUAUUGGGACACACGAGAACAAUCAUAGAUGCUGUUGCAGGUGGAGCACUUAUGGAUAAGUCAUUUGAUGAUGCUUACACCUUACUUGAAGACAUGGCUGCCAAUAAUUAUCAAUGGAAUCCUGAUAGGACUCCUCAAAGAAGGACUGCAGGUGUCUAUGAAAUUGAUGCAAUAUCAGCCUUGACUGCUCAGGUACAUGCUUUAACUAAGCAGUUAGCUCAAAAUGGAAUUCAUACACCUCAAGAAAUUGUGGCAUCAUGUGAUUUAUGUGGAGGAAAUCAUCUCAGGGAGAGGUGUGGAUUGAACACGGAGUUUGCACAAUAUGUCGGCAAUUAUACCAGGCAACAAAAUAAUCCCAACUCGAAUUUCUAUAAUCCUGGUUGGAGAAAUCAUCCAAAUCUUUCAUGGAGCAACAAUCAGAAUGUUCAACAGCCUAUUCAAAGGCCGAAUAAUGGUCCUUCAGGAUUCCAUAACAAUCCAGUGCAAGACAAGGUUAAAUCAGUCGAGGAGUCUUUGAAUAAGUUCAUGGAGCAAAUUGCAAAUCUUUUUCAGAAUCAAUCUGUGCAAAUUCAGAGUCAAGGAAUUGCAAUAAAAAAUAUAGAGAAUCAAUUGGGCCAACUGGCAAAUUCCAUGAAUUUUCGACCACAAGGUGCCUUACCGAGCAACACUGAGCAAAACCCAAAGCGAGAGGACAAAGAAUAA